GUCCGUGUCACGUUCAGUGCGGGGUUUGCUCACUGCGACUGCACAUUCUUGGUGCGUUGUCCGAAAAAAAGUUGCAGGUAGAUAAGACACGGAGAGCAGGCUGCGGUUCGCCAGAUAACCGUCGUUACACCUGGACGUCAACCCAAAUCUCCGCAUCAGUAGCAUCAGCAACAUCUACUACUACUUCGUCUUAAUGUUCCUACUCACCAUCAGUGGAGCAUAGGACCGCAAACAACAUCUACAGCAGCACGAUAUUGCCAUGACGGUCGAAGGCCAUCAGCACCGGCCCCACAACUCCGCGCUUAGCAACAAACACAACGGCGACAGUCAGGACAACAAGGAGGCGGCACUGCUGAUAGACGACGACUACAGCAGGUCAAGCGACACCACCUCUGUCAGCGCCAACGGCCACAUCCUGGGUAACAGCAACACCGCCGCUGUCGUCGUCGCUAAUGAUAAUGAUGGUGGACACACAGAGGGUGCUGAGGCGUCGUGGUUCCGCGGUAUGUCGGCGGAGAAGCGGUGGACGCUUUGCCUGACGGCGUUUGGAAACUUCGCCGCCUGCACGUGCUUCUCACUCAUCGCCCCAUUCUUCCCUAACGAGGCGGCUCUCAAGGGCAUGUCGCAGACGGUUGUGGGCGUGGUCUUCAGCUGCUUCGAACUCGUCUUCUUCCUGUCAGCGCCCAUCUUUGGCACCUUUGUGACACAGCUCGGACCGCGUUUCUUGUUCUUGUCGGGGUUGUUCAGUGCCGGGAUUUGCUGCCUGCUUUUUGGUCUGUUGGAGUGGUGUCCUGCGGGAGCCGUGUUCACCGUCCUGUGCUUUCUACUUCGGACAUUUCUAGCGCUUGGUGCCGCCUCCUUCAUUACUUCCAGCUUUGCCAUUGUGGCCUCCCACUUCCCCAAUCAAGUCGCCACAGUCUUUGGUACCCUCGAAAUAUUUACAGGAGUCGGGUGGAUGAUGGGACCGUUAAUAGGGGGCGUGCUAUUCGAGGCAGGCGGGUUCAGUCUUCCUUUCUUCGUCUUGGGCGGCCUGCUACUUCUGUGCUCAGCCUUUGCAGCCAUCUUCCUUCCGCUUCGCGUGGACAUACACAAGGGCAACAACUCAGUGUCCAUGAUCCGGUUGCUGGCCAGUCCACUGGUCUUCAUCUGCUGCUUCUCCAUCGUCUGCUGCUCUUACUCCUUUGGCUUCUUGGAUGCAACUCUUUCUACGCACGUUAAUCAGUUCCAGCUACGCGCCACCCUGGUUGGCCUCAUCUUCACGCUGGUGGCGGCGCUCUAUGCCGUGACGUCACCAAUGUUCGGGUGGCUGAGUGACAAGAAGGGUAUUACGUACCCGCUAAUCAUUGGGGGCAACCUGGCUACAGGCGUUGCAUUUCUCCUUAUAGGACCCUCCCCUCUUCUACCUUUUCUUCACACGGAGCUGUGGCUGGUGAUCGUUAGCCUGGUCCUCAUGGGCCUGACAGUGGGAGGAACCGUCAUCCCCACUCUCACCUGCAUCAUGCAGGGAGCAAGGGAGCUGAAGCUUGGCGAUGGACUGGAGAUCUUUGGAAUAGUUUCUGGACUUUUCAACUCGGUUUUCCAUAUGGGAGCCUUCAUCGGCCCCACCAUGGGCAGCGCGUUGCUGGAGAGCCUGGGCUACGAGUGGUCGGCUACAAUUACCGCCGGGUGCAUGUUCCUGGCCGGUAUAGCGGUGCUGCUGUAUCUGGCGGCGCGCAGAUGCUGCAAGUGUGCGCGUCCACCUGAGGAAGUGGAGAAGGCGCCGCUGGUGUCGUCAUCCUCUCGAAGCGAGGCAGGCAGAGCCACCUACGGUGCACAGUCCAGUCAACUGUGACAGGAUGGAGCAGGGAAGACAGGUCUGGGGACCAAGCAGCGGGCACCUCGCGUCUCAGGUCCGUCACCAACACCACAUCGCAGCGGCUGUCUCGCACCGCUGUUUGUGUCCAGCAUCGUGCCAGACUUGGGGCAGUGAACAGUCCUUGAGUACUGCCAGCAUAAGUGAACGCAGGUGGAGUUCAGGACUGUAAAGAUCAGUGAACGCAGGUUGCUUUGCGGUUCUUAACGGCUUCUUCGCAUCAGAAGCAAAGAAAGACAAAUCAGUGCCUAAUGUGUGUGUGUGUGUGUGCGCGCCUGUGCAUAUGUCUGUGUGUGCACAGUAUUUGAUAUGUAUUUAUAUGGCAUGCUUUCCUGCCUGCCAGAGUUAUCUCACCGCUUUCCUCCCCCUUAUUACAUCGUUGCCUACCUACAUACAUGGGUGGAUCACUGGAAUCGUGCACGAGAGAUUUUGUGUAACGCAUUUUGUUGGUAUUUACUCCAAGAACCUAAAAUCUCAGGAAAAUAGGUGUCUGCAUGCUUUGGUUGACAUUUCUACGACUGCGUGAGAGUCAGAGUUGAAGAAAAUGUCUCAGAAUAAACACAUGAAUGACGAUUGUUGCGAAAGGUUAAAUGUCUGUAUACCUCACUGACAUCGCUGAUUGCAUAUUUAGCUUAUUCUCAUUCAGAAACUCUUUAUCUUUUGUUCACAACUGACACAUCGGUAAUUACUGGAAAUUCAGUCGUCGGUAUUGAAGUAAGCACUGUUGACGACAGCUAACAGAAGCUGCAAUGAAUAUUUAGUUGUUGUUAAUGAUGAUGGUGAUGAUGAAACAGAAUAAACUGAGUAUUCCUCCACA